AUGACCACAACCGCAACUUUACAAGCAAGUGCAGGCGCAGGCGCAGCUGCGCCUGCAGCAUGGACAGGGACAGGGACACGGCAGGAAGACCCAGCUAGCGCUCCUGUUCCCUCCCCUUCCGUCCGCUCCUGCCGCUUGUGCAGUUCUUCGAGGCCAUUGCUCCGCCCCUUGUCGAGUUUGUUUGGCCCUUCCUGGCGUCCCGGCGCCCAUUCACUCAACCACGGGGCAGGUUCGAUGCAGCAGGUGAUGCAGCAGGUGAAAAUUGGAACUCAUUCAGACGACCUACAUAGUAAGGUCCUGCUCAGUGACCACUCGGCCGCCAGCGGAAGGCAGGGUCCAUCUAGUUACACAGGGAAUCUACCUACCCAGGGACCUGAUUACGGUGGAUGGGCACUGGGAGUGCGGGAUGAAGAAUGCAAUGCAAUGGGGAUAAUCGAGAUUUAA